AGGGCCAGGGCCAGGGACUAGUCUGCCUGAUCGCGUCGUAUCCGCGCGCCUGCAUAGUUUGUCGACUGCCUGGCCGGAAUUGAAAUUUCCUGUUUAAUACGAUGAAUGUUUUAAAUGAGACUACCCUUUGUACAUUUCCAGUGAUGAGAAGAGAUGGACUUGAUUGAUGACGAUGGUGAAGACGUUGAAGCCACGUUGGAGAGACUCCAGAGGGAAUUGCAUGAAGAUGUGGCUGAGAUUUCUUGUGCAGAUAAACCCAGUUACUCCUAUGGAUGUGCAAGGACCAGCGGAGUAGCCGUAGCCAUGAAGCCUCUCCCUAAGAAACAAAAACGGCUCAGCAGGUCUGUCCUGAAAAUUAAAGUUGUGCCCCGCAUACCAAGCCAAAAGUGUUCAAACUCCCAAACUGCUUCACAUUCCAAGAAUGGGUUUAAGCAAGAGCAGUCAAGCCGCACCAAAAGAAAAGUCAGUACUGAUUUAAAUGGAACAAAACCCACAAAGUCAGCCCAGAACUCUAAGGAGGAAUGCAGAACAAAAUCAGGUCGUAAAAAGAAGGGAGCUUUACGUCGAGGGACUGGGAGUUACCCUUGUAGGGAAUGUGGGCAAGUUUUCAGUUUCAAAACCAACCUACGGCGACAUGAAGAGUGUCAUUUCGCUUCAGCUACCGAUUUCAUGUGUGACCAGUGUGGGAAGACGUUUUCGCUGAAGCGGAAUCUGGCUAGACAUGUGAAACUUCACACUAUUGAUCGCAGUCAUCGACCGUUCACUUGUGACAAGUGCAACAAGUCAUUCCAGCAAGCUAAAACAUUGUACCAACACAAGAAAAUCAUCCACAGCAACAUACGCCCACAUGCUUGCCAGUUUUGUGUCAAGACGUUCAAAACGUUUUUCAACCUACAGAGCCACGAGGCUAUACACCUCAACUGUAGGCCCUAUGUGUGUCAGUUUUGUGGGAUGUCCUUUAUAAGGAGUUCUUAUCGAACAAUUCAUGAGAGAAUUCAUACAAAUGAGCGGCCUUUUAAGUGUGAUGUGUGUGACAAGUCAUUUACUCGUGGAGAUCAUUUGAAAAAUCAUAAAAAAGUUCAUUUGCAAAGUAACAGUAAAUCAAAAAAAUCCAAGCGUUCGAAAUGAGAAUGACUACGGUAAAUUUUCAGAGUAAGAUCAGUAUUUUAGAGUAACAUGUUCUCAUGGUAAAGACAUUUUUUUCAGGAUUCCAGCUUGUCCAAGAUAUCUUACAUUUAUGUAAAAUAUAGCAUUAUUCUCUCUUUGUUCAUGCCAAAUUUAUUUCUAACAAGUUUUGUUUAAAAAUUAUAAGUAUUAGGCCUAUAGAAACAAAAUAGGUCCACAGAAAUGUUAAUGACAGAAAGACCUUUCAAUGUGCCUUUUUUUUCUGCAUUAUAUUGUACUAGUGCAGUGCCCGUCUAAAAUGUGCAUGUUCAGGAAGGGCAAAUUGCUUGGCCGCUGGUAUUGGUUGCUUUUUGCAGCAUUUUUGAGAACUUCUUGUGCAAACAAUGCACGCGAUUCAAUGGUGUUGUUUUUACAGGUUGAACCCACACGUACACUCACAUGUUGAACGCACAUUUUUUAAUGUGGACGGAAUUAUAGUAAGAAAUGUAGAAAAAACUGUGCUAUUAUUUAUCCCAUUAUUGGUAAUGGAAUAGCCCCCCCCCCCCCAGUGAAGUACCCAUUGUUGAUAGUGGAAUAGCCCCCAGUGAAGGUCAGCUAGCGCUUUGCACACGUACACGCGUGCAGUGUUAAUUGUGUCAUCACACAAUAUUGUAUAAGUGUAGUAUUUUUUACUAUUACAAUGUUAUGAGCAUUUGUGGUCAUGAAAAAUUAGUGUGCUACUCGUGAAUAUUUAAACUAAAUGUAUUUUUUUUUACUUUGAAACUUUAGAAUUUGAAAUACUGAACGUUAAGGUCGUUAGCAUUGGAAGUGCCUUUAUACCAUGACAUAGUUUUAUAGCAAACAAUUUUAUCGCAAUUCUUAUAAAAAAUUUACUGUAUCGGUUGGUGUACAUGUAAAUAAUGAAUACACUGAAAUAAAUAUCGAUGUAGGACUUUGGUUGUUUUUGGUUUGUUUUCUGACAACAAUAUGAAAAUACAAAUAAAAAAUAAAGUCUUUUCCGACAAUGUACAUUUACUUCA